CGGGGAUUCCCCGUGUUGUUGUCCCGGCGCGAUGGGCGGACGGAGCGCAGGGCGGCGCUGAUGGCGGCUCGGUCGGCAGCCCGCGGCUGCGAGCCGGGGGUGGACGAGUUCACCGUCCCGGCGGAGAAGAGCCGCCUCCUGGAGGGGAGCUGGGGUCGCAUCGAGGGCUUGUUCGAGGUGCGGCUGGCCGUGCUGGGGGUGCAGGGGGACUGGCGGCCCGCCGUCCCGCCCCAGGGCCCGCCGCCCGCAGCCCGGAUCUGGGUGCAGCUGGCGGGCGGUGGGAAGGCCGUGCGCAGCGCCAAGGAGUAUAUUAAAGGACUCUGUGAACCUGAACUAGAAGAAAACGAGUACUACCCAAAGGACAUGCACUGCAUCUUUGUUGGUGCACAAAGCCUGUUUCUAAACAGUCUUAUUCAGGAUACCUGUGCUGAUAUAACAGUGCUGGAAAUUGGAUUGCUCAGUAUUAAGGGGUGUGCAGAAGCUGUUGUUAUGGCUCAAAGUCAUGUUCAGCAGUUCGUGAAGCUUUUUGAGUCUAAUGAAAGCUUUAUAAGUGACAAUGAAUCAGAGAUUAAAAAGCAAUUCAGACAAUUUGUGGAAUCACAUGCUGAUAAAUACACAAUGGAUUUACUUAUUUUGCCUAGCUCACUUAAAAGAGAACUCUUAGCUCUCACACAGACUGAAUGUUGUCAAGUGGGGAGCAAUAUCAUAGAUCUUACAGGUUCUGAAAUCCCAGAAGAGUGUUUACAGACCAGAACAUCUGAAGUAAUUGCUACAAAUAGAGAUGGAAGAGCAGGAAGUGGUGAGGAAGCCAGAAACAAUGCUGGGACACCUGUAACUGAACUUACAAAGCAAAUGGACACUGUGUUUUCUGAUGCUCCUGAUGCAAGUUUUGUUCCUAUAAAGGUUCCUCUGUUAGAGGCAGUGACAUGUAAUGAAAGGCAGUCGUGUAAAAGAAGAUCAUCUGAUGAUGAGGAGAGGCUCCCUAAAAAGCAGUUCUCUUUGGAAAAUGAUCAGGAAGUGAGAUUUGCCUCAUGCAGUAAUUCUUCAGGCAGGGAUGCAUACAGUGAUCUGGUUUCUGAUGCAGACUCAGAUGACCCCAGUUACUGCAUUAAAGAUGGUGAUGAUAUCAGUGAGGAAGUGGAAUAUAAGAUUCUUGUGAACUUUUUCAGAACAAUGGGAUACUCCAAAAAUAUUGUAGAAAAAGUUAUUGGUAUCCUAGGGCAAUCUGUGGAACCAUUGAUAUUGCUAGAAGAAAUUGAAAAGGAAAAUUUAAAAUUUCAAAAAGAACUUGAACAGUCAUCUCAAAAUUUUGGAACUACCAAUCCUUCUUUAGGAAAUAAUGCAAAUAAUUCACAAAAGCUAGAAGACAAAGGCAUUUCUAGCAACAAAAGUCCACUUAAAUCUGGUCACACUUCAAAGGAGACAAAAAAUGAAUACCACAAAAUAAGAGAUUCACCAAGCAUGCAAGUUGGUGAAGAAGAUAAAAUGCAUAUGUUGCUAUGCAAACCUGCUUCUUCUUCCAGUAAAAAUACAGCUGUAUCCUAUAAACAAAGAGACAUUUAUUGUCCUGGUAAGAAUCACAGUUCAAGGUCAAGUGAUAUAGAAACUGAUGGUGCAGCUGGAGCUCUAAAAGACGUAGAUUUUGUAGCCAGAGGGAGCUCAGAUGUGCAGCAUAUUUCAACUAAGACUAAAACUGCAGUUCAGCACAAAUCUGCAAGGCUGUCAGCUGUACAGAAUAGUCAUCCUGGUUUUGAGGACCAAAUAGGACACUGCAAUUCUUCUUGUCAAGUCAAAUCUAUCAACCAAUCCCUUUUCCAAACCUCAGAUUUUGAAAAUCUUAUCCCAGACCAGGUAUUUUCUUCACAAAUACAUACUUCAAAUCCUGAUAUAGAGACAUUGGGACCAGACAGACGUCAUCCUGAUCCUUCAGUUACAGGGGUUCAAAGAUUUCUGGAUUCUCUGAAAAAGCCAUACAGACUGGAGUUGAAAAAUGAACCCGGGAAACCUUUUUUAAAACAUAUCAUUAUUGAUGGAAGCAAUGUUGCAAUUUCUCAUGGUCUAAGGAAAUUCUUCUCCUGCCGAGGAAUUGCAAUAGCUGUUAACUACUUUUGGACACGUGGCCACAGAAAUAUUACUGUAUUUGUUCCACAGUGGAGAACAAGGCGUGAUCCUUCUGUUACAGAGCAGGAUUUCUUAACACAGCUCCAGGAUGUUGGAAUAUUGUCUUUAACCCCUGCAAGGAUGGUUUUAGGAGCAAGAAUUGCUGCUCAUGAUGACAGAUUUUUAUUACACCUUGCUGAUAAAACUGGAGGUGUUAUUGUGACUAAUGAUAACUUCAGAGAAUUUGUGACAGAAUCACUUGCCUGGAGAGAAAUUAUUCAAAAAAGAUUGCUUCAGUACACAUUUGCUGGUGACAUAUUCAUGGUUCCUGAUGAUCCUUUGGGAAGAAAUGGACCAAGAUUAGAUGACUUUCUUCGAAGUGAAUGCUGUCCUAGAGAUUUUCGGACAGCACAAAAGGCUUUACAGAGCAGUGAACAGUAUUCUUCUGAGACACCUAUCUUCAUGCCAGUCCCCAGGCCAACCAGUAGUAGUGAGCAGCCUAAAACCAGAGUACGUGGUGAUUGUUCAUCAGCAUGGCUUCCACUGGAAACAGAGAUACAGGCUUGUCUAGCAAAUCCUUUACAGAGAUCUGCCUCAGAAACAGUGCAGCUAAGAGAAGCCCUGAUUAAAAUUUUUCCUGAUUACGAUCAAAGACAGAAGAUUGAUCAAAUACUAGGUGAUCACCCGUUCAUGAGAGAUCUCAAUGCACUGUCUGCAAUGGUGCUUGACUGAAUAUUAUACAGGACUUUUAUGUCACAACUGAUCUCACUAACUUGCAAUAUCAACGUGAAGAAAAAUGUUCCUUUGUUGUUUUACUUUGUGAAUAUUCAGAACCUAAUUUUAUUGUAUGAAUGAAGAUAUUAUUUGUGUAUGUUGUGUUGCUAACAGAUGCCAGUUUUUGGUAAAUUAAAAACUGCUACUACAGAUCUGUAGUAAUAUUUUCUAUGAAAAAAUGAAUCUUUUGCUUCACUUAAAUUGCUUAUUAAAGCAGUAGCAUUUCUGAAGAACUGUUAAUCACUUUAAAUAGUGUGUUAGCACUUUUUAAAAACUCCUUUCCUGGAAAAGGAUAAAUGUCAAAGGCUUAAAAGUUAUUCUUGCAGCUUCAUAUAUAUUUUUCAGAUGCCUGCAUAAUAUAAGCCAUGCACCUGUUGCAUAUAAUUUUCAGCGUUUGUAUCUGGAACACAGAUGUUAGAAAGCCUACAUUCUAAUUAUACCUCCUUCACUUAUGAACUUUGAAAUAUUUCUCCAUGGAAAUAAACCAGACCCUUCUAGUAAUUUCACAUACAAAGACUUCUCAGUAGUCUGUACGUGAACCUGCUUUCCUUAGGCCUGCAUUGCAGGUUUUGGGAGUUGCUGUCCCAAGGCUCUGUGCCUGUCUCCAUGGGGGAGCAGUGGAUGCUCGGUGUAUUGUUGAAGUAAUGUCACCAGGUGGCGAUAUGCUCUGUUGGUUUGUAAUGCGUAACAAGAAGGCUUCUGACCGUGCUCUUGAAGUGCUCGUUCUUUUAUAAAGAAACCAUAAAUGCAAGACAUGUAACAGUCAUUUGAAGAGUUUUGUGGAUAAAAUUGUACGUUAUAUGAGUAACUUAAGGAUACCUUCUGAUAUUCUGGGCAGCCAAGAAGCCCUAUAUAGUGACCAUGGAAUGAAAGCAAACCAAGAAAAUCUAUUUGCCUGUUCAUCCAAUUGGAGAUACUAUGCUGGAGUAGUUAGGAGGGGGAAGGUCUCAGUUAGAAAGUGUAAAUUCAUUACUCUCCUCAAUCGAAGAUACUUGUAAUCCUUUAAAAGAUCUGUCAUACCUACAUUUGUUUUUAAAUAUGAUUUUUUUAUCAUCAAUAUUCUGUCAUUAAUUUUCAUAUCUUUAAAAAUCUGUUUGUCUUUGCCCUUCCUGUUUGUCAGAACACUGUGACAUUAACAGACUGCUGAUUUUAUAAAAAGGGCAUGCUGUCUUGUGCAAAACUAAUGCACUGCUGUUAAUAGUCAGCUCUGCCCCUUUCUCAAAUCUAUCCUAAAAGUAAAGUGGAAAAAAGGAACAUAAUAAGUGAAGAUUAGUAUGUGUCUCUGUAGUCUGUUAUGAGUUUGGUUUAACUGGUUUUGGUGCUAAGUGUUCAUGUUAGUAAAAUAAAAUAAGACUUUAAAAAUAUGGGCUACAUCAGAAUUUUAACAGUAUGUACUGAGCCUUACACUAAAAUGUAAGCACAGUGACUUUCUCUUCAGUAAGAGUUCCCUGGGUUCUGAAAUAACUCUUUGACUAAAUGCUAAAAUAUACUGAGGAAAUGAGGGUGUUGAAAGUC